AUGCUGUCGCCUCCUUCUCCACCACUGAUUAUUAUGCACAGCUUCACCGUCGGGGAACCGGUUCUAGCCCUCAAAGGGCGCACUUUGCGCAGCUCUGAACAUCGGUGGGGAGAGAUCUCCAACCCCGCCUCUCUGAGGGUCUAUUUCAUCCUCCUUCACUUCUCCCAACCUCUACUCUCUAUGUCCCUCACCUCGGCCUCUUCUCUAUUCUCCAAGGACAGAGACAUUUCACGUUUUAAAAAUGGCAAAAAAGGAUCUCUGAGGUUUGGGGUUCGAGUCGCAUCGCUUUCUUCGUUUCUGGGGGUAGAAUUACUCAACCUUGCAGAGGUCAUUCCAGACUUCUCCUGCUUCACAGGACAGCCCUUCCCUCAGUCUGAGCCUGGAGGGCAAAGAGGAGGAUUCAGCAAUGUGGGAAAGACACCCAGCCAUUCCCCAGCCUCCAAGAGCCUGUCCCCAGUGACGGUCCACUGGGCCCACGCUGUGCCUUAUGUCAGGAGUCUGUCUGGGCCUGUAACCCCACGACUCCCCACUCCUCGAGAUGGCUCCACCAGGCAUAGGGGGCAGAGAGUUAAACUCACACCCGUGCCCCGUUGUGACCUUGACCCCUACCGAACCUGGUUCGAACGGGUCAGCAUGCUGGUUAUCCUGCUGAACUGCGUGACGCUGGGCAUGUUUCAGCCGUGCGAGGACAUCGCCUGCGACUCCCAGCGCUGCCGGAUCUUGCAGGCCUUUGACGACUUCAUCUUCGCCUUCUUCGCUGUGGAGAUGGUGGUGAAGAUGGUUGCCUUGGGCAUCUUCGGAAAGAAGUGUUACUUGGGAGACACCUGGAACCGACUGGACUUUUUCAUCGUCAUUGCAGGGAUGCUUGAAUACUCCCUGGACCUUCAGAAUGUCAGUUUCUCUGCUGUUCGGACUGUCAGAGUGUUACGGCCUCUUCGAGCCAUUAACCGAGUUCCCAGUAUGCGAAUCCUGGUCACUUUGCUGCUAGACACCUUGCCCAUGUUGGGCAAUGUCCUCCUUCUCUGUUUCUUCGUCUUCUUCAUCUUUGGCAUUGUUGGGGUUCAGCUCUGGGCUGGGCUCCUUCGAAACCGAUGCUUCCUUCCAGAGAAUUUCAGCAUCCCUCUGAGUGUGGACCUAGAACGCUACUAUCAGACUGAGAAUGAGGACGAGAGCCCUUUCAUCUGCUCCCAACCUCGGGAGAAUGGGAUGCGUUCCUGUCGAAGCGUCCCCACGCUUCGAGGAGAAGGGGGUGGUGGCCCUCCUUGUGGCCUUGACUAUGACGCCUACAACAGCUCUAGUAAUACUACCUGUGUCAACUGGAACCAGUAUUAUACCAACUGCUCCGCUGGUGAGCACAACCCCUUCAAGGGAGCCAUCAACUUCGACAAUAUCGGCUAUGCCUGGAUCGCCAUCUUCCAGGUCAUCACGCUCGAGGGCUGGGUAGACAUCAUGUACUUUGUGAUGGAUGCUCAUUCCUUCUACAACUUCAUCUACUUCAUUCUUCUCAUCAUUGUGGGCUCCUUCUUCAUGAUCAACCUCUGCCUGGUGGUGAUUGCCACACAGUUCUCAGAGACUAAGCAGAGAGAGAGUCAGCUAAUGAAGGAGCAGCGGGUUCGAUUCCUGUCCAAUGCCAGCACGUUGGCCAGCUUCUCUGAACCGGGCAGCUGUUAUGAGGAGCUGCUCAAGUACCUGGUGUACAUUCUCCGGAAGGCUGCCCGGAGACUGGCCCAGGCCUCCAGGGUGGUAGGGGCCCGAGCUGGCCUCCUAGCCAGUCCUGGUGGCCGAGGAGUUUCUGAGACCCAGCCCGCCAGAAGCGGGAGUUGCCCCCGUUCCCGCCGUCAUCGCCCAUCCAUUCAUCACCUGGUUCACCACCACCACCAUCACCGAUCUCUGGGUUGGCAUGUGGAGCUCUCAGGGUCCCAUUGCCCAAGUGGUAAUGGUGAUGCCAACGAGACCCGUCGGCUCAUGCUGCCUCCGCCUCCUACCUGUGCCCAUCCUGGGGGGUCUCCUGGGGGUUCUGAAUCUGUCCAUAGCUUCUACCAUGCUGACUGCCACCUAGAACCCCUGCGCUGCCAAGCAGCCUCUCCCAGGUCCUCUCCUGAGGGUCCGGGUAGGAAUGCAGGUGGAGGAAAGGUAUACCCCACCAUGCACUCCAGAUCCCCACCCAAGGUGCUAAAGGAAAAGGCAUUGGUGGAGGCAACCCCUGUCUCUGGGCCCCCCACUCUCACCAACCUCAACAUCCCACCUGGACCUUACAGUUCCAUGCACAAGCUGCUGGAGACACAAAGCACAGGUUCCUGUCAAGGCUCCUGCAGGAUUUCCAGCCCCUGUGGGAAGGCAGAUAAUGGGGCCUCUGGCCCAGAUAACUGUCCCUACUGUACUCCAACACAGGCGGGAGAAGCUGAGCUGAUGGACCCAGAGCUGCUUGACUCAGAUAGUGAGGGCAUCUAUGAGUUCACACAGGAUACCCAGCAUGGUGACCACCGGGACCCCCACUGGGGGGCAAGCCAGGGCCAGGGCCAAGAGCCCAGCACCUUGAUGGCCUUCUGGACGCUGGUCUGUGAGACUUUUCGGAAGAUUGUGGACAGCAAAUACUUUGGCCGUGGGAUUAUGAUAGCUAUCCUUAUCAAUACCCUCAGCAUGGGCAUCGAGUAUCAUGAACAG